CUUCCCGUUAUCACGAGUGUCUCUAUGGUAACAUUAAAAGAAAAAGAGUUCGGCGUUCUAAGCCACGAGGUUGCUUCUUAAAGAAUUGCACGUGCGGAAAGAGGAAUCGAAUCCCUGUUGUGCGAGACAAUUGGAACAAAGAAGCAUUGAAUGAUCUCCAAUGAAAUCUUGUAUGAAUGACACUCUACGUUAGAUCUUGAUGCUCCCAAAACAUAGGAGUGAAUGUGAUUUGGAGCAACCAUUCCAAAGAGCAUAUUUUGAGAAUGAAUUUGGAAGCAAGUCAAUUGGAGAACCCAACUGGAGACCACAUGUUAGAAAUGCUUUAGACUAUCCCAACUGUCAAGAACAUUCAUCCAAGGGUGGAAAUGGUUUGGAUUGGUUUUCAAGUAUAAGAUGUCCACAGCCAGUUCAACAGAUCACAAAGAUACAGAAGAAAAAGAAACUUGAAAUAUCCAACGCAUCACAAGUUGAACAGACAACACCAAAACGAGAAUUUAGGACACAUUCAGUUGCUGUAGAAUAUGAUGAUGCACAAGAUUGUACCAGAGUUUGGGAAUUGACUUUGGAGAAAAGCAUGGGCCAGAAGAAAAAAGCUUGGGAUUGCAGAAAUGGUGUGGCCGAAAGAGCACCAGGGGACAAGAGCUACCAUGUGCCAGAGUAUGCGUUACAAUUUCACCAUCACGGAAGCACAUUACCAUUACCUAGUUUUGGCGCUAUGAAAACUGUUCCAGAUACAUUUAUUCCUUUGGUGAAACUACCAUUAAAACCUAGAAUUCCCUUUCACGUGAAAGAAAGAAAAAAGGAAAAAGCAAGGGAAAUUAAUGAAGUGAAUGAGUUAGAUCAUUGGAAACCAGCAAAGCAAUUAUGUAUCUCAUAAUUUAAAUUAAUACCUGGAUUUAAAUAUUCUAUGAUACUCUAUUUAGUUUAUAACUUAUUUAUUCAUUAACAUAAAUUAUGUAAACUAAUUAUUUUUUAAAUCUCAAUCGCAACAAGAAUGGAUGUUUUUUCAUUAAUGACACUGUCUGGUAUCAGCCAAUAUUAAGCCUCUCCAGGGGCAUAUACCCAGAUGCUAUAAUUCAGGAGAUAUGAUACUCAUAUAUUUAUUCUGCCAAAUGGAUUUCUUUUUUAAUUGUAAGUGUUGCACAUUUAAAAGAAAUCUGCUGGACAGAACUGAGUAUACGAAUAUGCAAUUCUUCCUGCUAAUUAUGUCUGUAUAUACAGUUCUCACCCAGUAAAACCGACUUAAAUGCCAAAGUACUUAGCUUGAAUUUAACACUAUGUACAUAUAAACAGCUAUACAUUGUGCAGUCAUACCUGAGUGUUGGCCAACAACUU